AUGAAAAAGGGCAAGUAUUCCUUCUUCUUGUAUCGUAGUCAAGUGGGUUUGGCGGCAUAGGAGAGAAAAAGUAUGAGAGGACUAAAUGGAUAAUACAUAAAAGUGCUAGGGCAUUUUCGUCAAUGGAAAAUAAUGUUUGAAUGUGCCCAACCUCAAAUUCCACGUGAUUAGAUUCCUGUGAAUCACUUUUUCCCCGUAUAUAAACAGUAUUUUUCGGACAGAUCUCACUAUCUGCGUCUGCAUGAGAGCAAGAAAAACUGAGAGAAAGUGCGAGAAAACGAGAGAAAAUUUCAAGCAUUUUCCAAAGUAUAAUUAGAAUCUUCUUAUACAAUCAGCUGCAAAUCAGUCCUCACAUUCAUUUAUAUUUUUUAUUAAUUGCGUUAUCGUUUGGAUCUCAUACAAUUCGGUGGGAUCGAUUUUCGUUUAACGGAGGGGAAGUGCGGUUCUCAGCUUCGGCGAUUCACCGGAGAAUGUGAGUCGUAAUGGAGCUGCGUCAUCAGCCUGGUUGAUUGUUGUGGCAUCCGUAGAUUUCUCCGGCCUUUUGCUCGCCGGUGAGAUCUCUUCCGUCCAAUGCUUUCAGAGAGAAACCUGUUGCGGAAGUGGAGGAUCAGAGAGCAAGAUUUUCGGUGGAGAUUGUAAUUUUGAAAAAGAAAAAAAAAAGAAUUAAUUAAGAGCAGUGAGUUGGCGACGCUUUUGGACAUGAAAAGGCUGUGAAGUUUUGGUUCAGGCAGAGGAAAAGAAGAAAAAAGAGCGGAAACACAGAAAAAUGUUGCUAGGGGGAUUCCACGUGGCAAGCAUGCAAGUGCCUUCAUUCAAAGUGUUGAGUAUUUGAGUUUGAGGGAGAUUAGUAUUCCAACAACAUUCCGGCAACUCCAAGAGAUGAAGAAAGAGACAUUGUCACAAAAUUUCAACGCCACUUGCCCCUACAGGGCGUGUGUUUCACCGAUAUACGCGUGUAUAGUGCAGACGAUAUCUCCAAGGUCUACAGAUUUUUAGUUUAGAACGCCAAAGGUGAGGGCUCUCGUUGUGAUCUACGGCAAGUACAUUUUUUCUGCUUGUGGGGACAAGACAAGAAUUUUUUCUUCCUAAGGACCUCUCCACUAGCAAGGUUGUUUCUAGGAUUAUAUACAGACCAUGGCAUGCACCUCAGUAACCAUUCCCGCCUCCCCGACUGGCUCGGUGGCAAAGGAGAUAUCCCACAAAAGUCUUCACCGUUCACACUCCGGCAAGGACUUAUGCGCUCGAGCUGGUUUGAGAAGGUCUUAUUCAGAUACCCACCUCUGUUACUCCAUCAACCGUAUUCGGGCUUCAUCAGCACACCCAAAACUAAAGAGCAGCUCUUCUUCAGUCAAGAUCUUCCCAAUGUUCCAGUUACCAGGCUCCAUACUUCCUAGUGGCCUCCGAUCAUUCUUGUUUGACCCAGAGACGAGCAAGGAUAUGAACAUAGUGGAGAACGGGGUGGAUAUUGAUAACAAGGAUGUAGAGAAGAGAGCUAAUUGGGUGGUGCGGUUAUUGGAACUAAGAAGUCGUUGGAGGAACAAACCACAGAGAGAAAAUUUAAAUGGAGAUGAAGAUGGUGCUGCUGACAGUGAUGGCGAUGAGGGAGGUUGUGAAGUGGAUUACGAUGAAGUUGAAGCAAGAGAGAACUACAAUCGAGAGACGUUUUCGAGGUUAUUGUCUCCAGUGGCAUGGUCCGAUACUAAAUUUUUUUCUCAGCUGGCUUUCUUGUGCAACAUGGCUUACGUGAUCCCAGAAAUCAAGGCUCAAGAUUUAAGAAGGCAUUAUGGCCUAAAGUUCGUGACAUCUUCCCUAGAGAAGAAAGCAGAGGCAGCUGCUAUAAAAGCGAAACUUGAUCAUGAUUCCACUCGUGUGCCCAUAUCUGACCCUGCAGAUACUGGAUCCAGUUCAGAGAAAGCCAUGGACUCUGAGCAGAAACCUCUGUUCCGCCCAUCUGUUGCUUAUGAGAUAGCUGCUUCUGCUGCCUCUUAUGUCCAUUCUUGCACUAAGGACCUUCUAUCACCCGAGUCUGAGCCCCAGCAGGAGGCUGAUGAUGUGCAUGGAUGUGAGAGUGAAGAUCAAAUUCGAGAUGAGGGAGAGAGGUCUCCCUCUCGUGUUUAUAAGUCUGAGGUGGCCGCAUUUGUGGCAGCAUCUACUAUGACUGCAGUGGUUGCCGCAGGGGAGAAGGAAAAGCAGGAGGCAGCAAAGGACCUUCAAUCACUCCAUUCUGCACCUUGUGAAUGGUUUGUUUGUGAUGAUUCAAGUACAUAUACUCGCUGCUUUGUCAUCCAGGGUUCAGACUCCCUGGCGUCUUGGCAGGCAAACCUCUUCUUUGAUCCAACUCAAUUUGAGGGGACAGACGUGAUUGUUCAUAGAGGAAUUUAUGAAGCUGCAAAGGGAAUAUUCGAGCAAUUCAUGCCAGAAAUUAUAUACCAUCUUAACAGAUAUGGGGAUCGUGCUAAACUUCAAUUCACUGGUCAUUCCCUUGGGGGUAGUCUCUCUCUUUUAGUCAACUUGAUGCUACUGUCUAGGAAGGUCGUCAAGCCCUCCAAUCUUCUACCAGUUGUCACAUUUGGAUCACCAUUUGUGUUCUGUGGAGGCGAAAGGAUCCUUGGGGAGUUGGGAUUGGAUGACAAUCAUGUCCAUUGUGUGAUGAUGCAUAGGGAUAUUGUGCCCAGAGCCUUCUCCUGCAACUAUCCUAACCAUGUGGCCCAAGUCCUCAAGAGCUUGAGUGGAGCUUUCCGAUCCCACCCUUGCCUAAAUAAAAAUAAACUGUUGUAUUCUCCAAUGGGCAAAAUCUUCAUUCUUCAACCUGAUGAGAAGUCAUCUCCUUCUCACCCGUUACUCCCUUCAGGGAAUGCACUCUAUGCAUUCGACAAGACCCAAUGUGCUUGUCCUGCAAGUGCCAUCAGGGCUUUUAUUAAUUGUCCCCACCCACUGGAAACCCUAAGCGAUCCUACAGCCUAUGGUUCAGAAGGUACAAUUCUCAGAGACCAUGACUCAAGCAACUAUCUCAAGGCAGUUAACGGGGUUCUGAGGCAACAUACAAAGACGGUUCUUCGGAGAGUGAGAAGACAGGGGAACCUUAUGUGGCCACUGCUGACUUCACCCUCCCCACAUGCAUGGAAUCACGAAGAAAGUUUGGACAAUACAAGGAAAGAGUUAACAACAGGGGCUUGAAGUCUACUCCACAGGAAAACAUAGAAGAUGCUCACAAUAGGGCUAGGUUCUUUCAUCUGUUUUAUGUACAUUUACUUGUAUCUUAUUAAUCAUCUUUGUAUCCAUGUAUUCACUCGAUAUUCAAUCCAUUAUGGUACAUUUUCCGAUGCUCUAUAUAAAA